GAGAGGAAGAGGUUUCUGCAGGAAAGGAUGGGCAUGCGGCCGCCACCCCAACCUCUCCGGGACAGCCGCCGCGGGUGAGGUCCCAGCCUGCUUUCCUCGGGGUGAGCGGGCCCGAAGCAGCCGGGCUGGAGCCCUUCCAGCGGGCACAGCUCGUGCCCCUGCUGCCAGGGGAAGCUCCUCGCUUAAGGCCGAGAAGAGGAAGCUGCUGCCUUAGCCAGGGAGGGGAUUUCUCUGUGCUGAGAAAGCUUUUGAUCUCCAGGCUGAGCGAAGGGCCCUGACUCCCCGUUCCCUUCGCGCACCGGGAGCCCCAAAACCGCGCAUCCUUUCCCACCCCCCCCCCCCGCGAUCCGAGGGGGACAGAGAGGGGGUUCCUACAGCGGGUGCCAACCCCAGCCCCCCGAAAGGUGCCGACCCCUGCCCGGGAACCCUUCGGGGACCCCGGGGAGCUCCGGGGGUGCACCCAAGCAGAUGGCGCUGCUGCUUCGUGCGCGGCUCCGGCUGCCGAAGGCUGUCGAAGCAACCGGUUUCCUGAAACCGGAUUCUCAGCGUUGACAGAGCUGCCUCUGCCACCGCCGCCCGUAGCCAUGGACCUGCGAGCGGAGCUGCUCAAGUCCAUCUGGUACGCCUUCACCGCCCUGGACGUGGAGAAGAGCGGCAAGGUGUCCAAAUCCCAGCUCAAAGUGCUGUCCCACAACCUGUACACGGUGCUGUGCAUCCCCCACGACCCCGUGGCGCUGGAAGAGCAUUUCCGAGAUGACGACGACGGGCCGGUGUCCAGCCAGGGCUACAUGCCCUACCUCAACAAGUACAUCCUGGACAAGGUGGAGGAAGGUGCUUUCGUCAAAGAAAACUUCGACGAGCUCUGCUGGACUCUGACAGCGAAGAAAAAUUACAAGCCUGACCGGAACGGGAACAGCAUCGUAUCCCACCAAGACGCCUUCAAGCUCUGGUGUCUCUUCAACUUUCUGUCUGAAGACAAAUACCCUCUCAUCAUGGUGCCGGACGAGGUGGAGUACCUGCUGAAGAAGAUCUGCACGGCCAUGAACGUGGAGCUGAACUCCUGCGAGCUGGACGACUACCUCUCCCAGGAGCCGCAGGGGCAGGGCGGCCUGACGGUCUGGCAGUUCCUGGACAUGGUGAACUCGGGGCGGCUCCUGCGGGGCAUCGAGCAGGAGGCCAUCAGCAUGGCCGUGGAGGAGGUGUACCAGGAAGUGAUCGAGGACGUGCUCAAGCAGGGCUACCUCUGGAAGAAGGGCCAGUUGAGAAGGAACUGGUCGGAGCGGUGGUUCAUGCUGAAGCCCAGCGUCCUGUCCUACUACAUGAGCGAGGAACGGAAGGAGAAGAAGGGGAGCAUCGCGUUGGACAAGCACUGCUGCGUGGAGGUGCUGCCCGACCGGGACGGGAAGAGGUGCAUGUUCUGCGUGAAGACCUCCUCCCGCACGUACGAGAUGAGCGCCUCCGACACCCGGCAGCGCCAGGAGUGGACGCUAGCCAUCCAGACCGCCAUCCGGCUGCAGGCCGAAGGCAAGAAGUCCCUGCACAAAGACCUGAAGCAGAAGCGACGGGAGCAGCGGGAGCAACGGGAGCAGCGGAAGGCGGCCAAGGAGGAGGAGACGCAGCGGCUCAAGCAGCUCCAAGAGGAGAAGGAGCGGAAGCUGCAGGAGCUGGAGCUGCUGAAGGAGGCCCAGCGGCAAGCGGAGAUACUCCUGCAGGAGGAGGAGCAGCGGCGGAAGCAGCAGCACGAGGAGAUGCAGAGGACUCUGGAGAUCCAGCUGCGGGAAGCCGAGCAGGCACGUGCCUCCAUGCAGGCGGAGAUGGUCCUGAAGGAGGCAGAGGCAGAGCGUCAGCGCAAGCGCAUCACGGAGCUGGAGGAGAUGCAGGAGCGUCUCCAGGAGGCCCUGCAACAGGAGGUGAAAGCUCGGCACGACGAGGAGUCUGUGAGAUACGCGCAGGCCAGGCUACUGGCUGAGGAAGAGGAGAAGCUGAAACAGCUGAUGAAGUUGAAGGAGGAGCAGGAGGAAUACAUCAUCAAAACUCAGCUGGAGAAGCAGGUCCUCAAGCAGGAGAUGGAGAACAAGAACAAGUGUCUGGAAGAGGCCCAGAAGCAGCUGGAGGAAGUGAGAGUGAACAGGCAGCGGGUGGAUCAAGACGUCAUGGCGGCUCAGAGGAAGCUGCGGCAGGCCAGCACCAACGUCAAGCAUUGGAACGUGCAGAUGAACCGACUGAUGCACCCUAUCGAGCCGGGAGACAAGCGUACAAACGUGAGCGGAGGAGGCUUCGCUGGCUACCAUCCCCUCCUGUGCCAGAGAGAUUCCUCCCUCAAACUCAAGCAGAAAGUGGAAGAGAAAGGCAGUGACCCUGUGAGGGACGGCAGCAAGGAAAACGUGAGCAACGGUGGGAACAGAGGCCCGCCACCAUCUUCGGAUGCGGACCCCAUGGCCACGGAGCCCUCCAACUAGCCUCACGGGAUGGCAGAGCCCAGCAGGGAGCCGCAGGGCCCAGCACAGCCCUCUGAGCAGACCUGGUCGGUGCGAUCAUCUCUGGGUAGAGACCAGUGGAGACUAGCACAGAGCCUAUAAGUGACUACAUGUAGGGCAGAGACGCUUCCCUUCUCUUCAGGGAUGUGCUGCAGCCACAGCGUGCCAGGAGCUCAGGCAGCCCAAUGUGGGGAGAAGGCAGCGGGGCCAUCUCCUCCGGGCUGCCCAGGUGUGGGGGCUGGAGGCGCCUCCCUGCACGCUGGACUCUGGUUUCAACACUGCCUCAAAACACCACCAGUGGGUCUGGACCACGUUGCCCAGGGCUGCCGUUCUCCCUUGAUUUCUACUGGCAAUGCCUGCUGUGUUGUCCGCUGCGCCCCUGCAAAGGGGCUGCCAGGGCAGCCUUUAUGGACUGAGCAGUGACUUCCCACCGCCCCUCACAAAGGGCAUUUUCGGCCCUGAUCAGGUGGACCAGGAUGUCCUUAACUAACACGUGCAUUCCCUGAAGGUGGUUGUUAGUCACUGGAGUCACAUAGAUGUUAGUACAAACCAACAAGUAAUAAAGCUUUUGGAGCCACUGGC